CCUGCUCUGCUGCUUUAUUUCCUCAGCUUUCCAGCUCUGGAGCUACAAUAUGUGAGAGCCCGGGAAGGACAGACACACACGUUCCCAAGAAGACUGCAGUGUGGGAGAGCUGUGCUGCCUGCCUUCCAAUUGUGUGAACCCCCACCCCUCAAGGCACCCCCCCAUUUCAAGGCACUCUUGUUAUUUCCCCCAGGAGAACUGAGAAGCUGACUGUAUUACUUGGCUGAGACAUGGAACCCCCCACCAAGUGACAUAAGGAUUUGAUGGGGAGAUGUCAGAGAGGGGAGGCUAGAUCUGGGGGGGUGUCUAUCUCAACAUGUUCAGAAGAAGCAUCACUCCCUGCUGCACCCACUCGAGGGAUCCGCUGCUCCCGUCCCUCUGCACCAACAAGCAACUGAAGAGUGAGACAGUGGAAGAUGCCCACUCAAGGAUUCGGACAAAGGGCCCAAAGUGAAAAUCUGAGCUGCUAUUAGAGCUUAGGAGGCGGCGUAACAUUACUGCAUCUUAUGGUACAGAGUCAACAGCAGAAAAGAGAAGGCUCAAUGAUUUUUUCCAGCCAUGCAAUGUUCUUGGAAGGCUAUCAUUUUACUAGCCCUGGCUUCCAUCGCUAUUCAGUACACAGCAAUCCGUACUUUCACCACCAAAACCUUCACCGUGUGUCCAGUUCCUAAUCCGGCUAACUGCAGCCUUGGCUUAGACCCCACAGACUCACCAGACAGACUGUGUGAGGACAAUCAAGUCCAAAAUCUCUCCAGGAAGGUACAUAUUCUUAUUUUGGCGACGACCCGCAGCGGAUCUUCCUUUGUAGGCCAACUCUUCAAUCAGCAUGCUGAUUUCUUCUAUUUGUUUGAACCUCUUUACCAUGUCCAGUAUACACUGAUCCCAAAAACGCCUCAGAAUAAGAACACUCCUGAUCGUCGAGUUAUGUUGGGGGCCAGUAGGGAUCUUUUGAGGAGCCUUUAUGAUUGCGACCUGUUCUUUUUGGAAAACUAUAUUAAGCCGCAGCCCGUAAAUCACACCACCGAUAAACUGUUCAGGAGGGGAGCAAGCAAAGCUCUUUGUUCCUAUCCAGUCUGUGAUGGAUUAGGGCCUACAGAUAUCUAUUUAGAAGAAGGUGACUGUGCUAAGAAAUGUGUCAGCUUGAACUUGACACUGGCCACGGAAGCUUGUAAGGAUCAUGGACAUGUGGCUAUCAAAACAGUCCGGAUACCUGAAAUCAAUGACUUACGAGCUUUGGUUGAAGAUCCCCGGCUAAAUUUGAAGGUAAUCCAGCUAGUAAGGGACCCGCGAGGCAUAUUAGCUUCUCGUACUGAAACUUUCCGGGACACCUACAGACUGUGGAGGAUCUGGAGGGCCACCGGUCGCCGACCGUACAACUUGGAAACUGGUCAACUGACCAUGAUUUGUGAGGACUUUUUCAAUUCUGUCUCCACCGGCUUUAGCCGACCCUCGUGGCUGAAGGGACGAUACAUGCUACUAAGGUAUGAGGAUCUGGCCCGUAAUCCCAUGAAAAAGAUGGAAGAGAUCUACAACUUUGUAGGCAUCCCACGAGAUGCGAACGUGGAUCGAUGGAUCCAGAACAACACGCGCGGCGAUCAGUCCUCGGCCAAACACAAGUACGGAACUGUUAGAGAUUCUGCGGCUACAGCAGAGAGCUGGAGACUAACCUUGUCCUACGACAUUGUCGAAUUCGCCCAGAAUGCCUGCGGGGAAUUACUAACGCAACUAGGGUACAAGACUGUUGGCUCACCUCAGGAACUGAGAGACCUGUCCUUCAGCCUGAUAGAGGACAGAGCUUUUACGCCUUUUUGGUAACGUGUCAGUGUUUUAUCUCCUUUCUCCGUACAUGUUAAUGGCGUUGGAAAGCAGGAAGAAGCUCGGGAGGGAAUAAUCCAUAUAUUUUCAUAGGUGUCACCUACACUUUUCCCUCUCUGGGAAACAAGUUGCACUAAACAGAGGGUUACGUAAUAAAGCACAUUUAAUAGGAAAGAGAAGAAGGGACUGAGCCUCUGAUCUUGAAACUUGAAGCCGUUGCCAGUACCUCUAGCACCGAAUGAAUGCGCCGCAUGAUGCUAGAGGAACCACAGACUCUUCUACUAUCUCCAGAUAACAGACGUGGAAAGGGUGACUAUCAGUAGCAGCAUUGUACGUUGUCUUCGCAGCGACAGCAGGUUAAGCAGAAGGACGAUUUUAAUGGGCAGACGAUGUUCUCUAACAAGUGGUGGAAACGCCGGCACAUCAUGGAGCAGGUUGCCUGGUCCCCACAGUCGCUCGUUUCCGCGGCACAACGCCAGCCGGAGACCCCCCCGUGGGGCUGCAGAGGGUGUUAAAUGUUUACAGAAACCAAAACACAAAGACAAAGAGAAAAAAAAAAUGUCGUUCUUUGGCAUAUUAACGUUAUUAGAUGUCUGGUCUCCCAGUCGGGCGCUGGGCGUGGGAAUUUGCACAAGUUUUUUCAGAUCAUGUUGUAUUAUUUAUAAAUGUUUAUAAACAGGGAUGCAUUGAAGAGUAACACGUGCUGCUUAUUGUC